AUGAAAGUUGCAAUUAUUACACCCAUUUUUAAAUCAGGAGAUGAAAGUCUGGUUACAAAUUAUCGACCUAUAUCAGUAUUACCUGUUUUUUCAAAAAUCCUCAAACGUAUCAUGUAUAAAAGGGUAUGUGCAUUUUUGUAUGAUAACAACCUUCUUUAUUAUAACCAAUAUGGUUUUGUAUCAAACUACUCUACGGAACAUGCACUUAAGCAACUUGUUGAAGUUAUCAGUGGAGCAUCUUUACAUAACAAUUUCACCUUAGGUAUAUUCCUAGACUUGUCAAGAGCAUUUGACACCGUUAACCAUCAGAUUUUAAGAGAAAAACUAAAACAUAAUGUUACGAAUACCAUAAAUGGUUAA